AUGCUCACUGGUACUGCUUGCAUCGGAGUUCUUCACCAACCGCCAGACCGGCGAACAAAUGUCACUGAUAAUAAUAAUCAUGUCGAAUCUAUUCUGGCAAUUCAUUCAGAUUUGGAUGAAUUGGACGUCGCAAUUCAGCUUGGAGAUUACAAUCAAUCCAAUCUGGUUUGGUCUACUGCGCAGAAUACGUUCCCGGUCUUGGAUGUGCAGCAAUCGUACCUCCCGGCCUCUACCUCAAUUUUGUUAGACGGAUUCAGUUUAAACGGCCUUACGCAAAUCAACCCGAUUGCUAAUCACAAUUCUCGUAUACUUGACUUGGUUCUAGUCAAUGACAACAUCAAAAGUGAAUCUUCUGUUUUUAAUGCUACGGAACCUUUGAUCGACCUCGAUCUGAACCAUCCGGCCCUUGAGAUCACCAUUCAACUGAAACUCCCAACGGUAUACGAAGAUGUCGCGGAUCUACAUAGCCUGGAUUUUCAUCGCGCCGAUUACACUACUUUGUGUGAGACAAUCUCUGCCAUUGACUGGCGAGCUCUUGGUACGGCAACUUGCGUGGAUGACGCAGUGGAUUACUUCAACGAGCAGGUGAAUCAAGCCAUCCUUGACUGCGUUCCUCUCCGUCGACCUGUCCCUAAACCACCAUGGUCGAAUUCCCGAUUGUGUCAGUUGAAACGAGCGAGGUCAAAAGCUUUACGUAGUUACUGUCGAUCUCGUUGUCCAUUCUUGAAGCGGGUUUUCACUCAGGCGAGUAACAGUUAUCGUCUGUACAAACGUUUUCUCUACAAGCGAUACAUGAUCCGUACACAGUCCAACCUCCGUAGGAACCCGAAGCAGUUUUGGUCUUUCGUUAAUUCCAAAAGGAAAGGAAAUGGAUUGCCGGUGGAAAUGUACCUUAAGGACAAGUCCGCCAGUACGCUGCAGGGUAAAUGCAACCUGUUCGUGGAACAUUUCAAGACUGCAUUCAACGGUUCUGUGGCAUCGCAAUCGCAAAUAAUCGCAGCACUUCAUGACACUCCUAGGAAUACGGUUGAAUUAAGUUGCUUCGAAAUCUCUACGCAUCUUGUUAAAGCAGCAAUCGAUAAAUUGAAACAGUCCAGCUCUAUUGGUCCUGACGGAAUUCCAGCCUGUGUGUUAAAAAAAAUGCGCUGA